AUACUCUAGCGCCUUCGCCUUAACUCUAAGUUUUGACUGUAAAGUUCAGGAUAAUCCCUUGGAUUGUGUUGAUUAACAUCGUUGUUAUCGCUUCCAAGGGCAACUGCCGCGUUUGUUUAAAGUUACGCGAUGGCUGGCGGGGUGGCCACAUCUACUGGCGUCGGUCAGGGAAAUGAUUCCAAUGGUGAUGUUACGACGACCAUAAGUCCAUAUGAAACAAACCCGGAUAAUAUACCGCAAGAUGACCCCUUCCUUAAGCAAAGCCCUCACUACGGUCGUUACGCUCCGCGAGACGAUGAUUUCAAACCCCGCUACGAUCACUGGUGGCAAUCGGACCCCGAUGCGAUCUCGCAUUGGGAGAGCAUAGUGAAAGAGAAUUUGAAUCCAGAGAAUUCUUUGAACUUGCAAGAGAACCGCCAGGCUUAUUCUGUUGGCAGUGUAAUAAUUCGAGUUGACAAGGACGAUGUGGUCGACACAACAGCUGAAAGGUACUCUUGCGCUAACGCGAAUGAAUUGAGCGCAGCAAGGAAAGCGGAGGAUGUUCUUAAAGCACUUAGCGUUGCUGUUCCGAUAGUACAUUUUUGUGGGACGGUUGAUGGGAAGAAUAUCACUGUGGAGUCCAGAAUUCCUGGUGUUUCUCUAGAAGUUGCCUGGAGGUAUCUUAGCGCCGAGCAAAUCAACAAGUUCAAGCAAGAAUGCCGUCGGAUCCUUGAGCACAUGGCAAGCAUCGAUCCUGCACCCGACAGCCCGUCGUACGUUUGCAGCGGACUCAACUCUCAACUAUCGCCCGAGAUACAGGAAAUGGAGAAGGAUGUGCUAUUCCAAGAGAAACAGGAAGAUGAGAUAUUGUGCCUAGUACAUAACAACAUGACUCCUUCCAAUAUCAUCGUUAACGAUGACCGAGUCGUGGGCAUCAUUGGUUGGCGACACAGCGGAUAUUUUGGGUUCGGAAGGGCAAACACGAUACACCGACGGUUCAGAAUGCCCACAUGGUCUUCAUUAGCGGCGGCUGGUGGUAAUGUUGAAGCAUGGGCUGAUUUCUAUGAGGAUCUCCUGAACGCAAAGGUGGGCUCCAAGCUUGAAGCGAGCCAAGAUACACCAGGGCCACAAGUAAAAACAGAACCAUCAAACAUGACUUUGGACAAGGUUCCUGAAAGCGAUGAAAUCGACAACAAGUCUAUAUUGUCUCAGGUUGAUGGCGUAAACACGCCCGGGGAGCACCCGACACCGAAGAAAAUUGCGGAUCUGAAACAAGGACGAGGCUCACGAGCCUCGUCGUCCGAUCGGUCAUCGCCUGCCAAUUCUGUGAAACCUACUCCAGGUAGGAAAUCCACACCCGGUGGUGGAAAGAAAGGCACGGCAAAGAAGUCGACUGCCAAAAAGCGCAAGAUCACCGAAGAAGAUACCGAAAGUGUUGAUGGCCAUCAAUCAAACACCCCUUCCUCCCGCACCAGUAAAACCCCUGGCGUCAAGAAGCAGGGCUCUGCAUCUGUAGCAAGCUCUCCUGCACCCGAAAGCAGGACGAAGAAGAAGAAAGGUACCAAGACUAGAAAGGCCCCGAAGAAAGCUGCAGCGAAAGAAGAGGAACACGAUGAUGGGGAAGAAGAAGCUUCAACAGAUGAAAACGAAUUGUUCUGUAUAUGCCGUAAGCCUGAUAACCAUACAUGGAUGAUUGCCUGUGAUGGCGACUGUGAUGACUGGUUUCAUGGAAAGUGUGUCAACAUCGAUCCAAAAGACGCUGACUUGAUUGACAAGUAUAUAUGCCCUAACUGCAAAGAGCAGGGCAAGGGAUGCACUACAUGGAAACCAAUGUGUCGAAUGCCCUCUUGUCGGAAGCCUGCUCGAUUCAUCAAUAAUAAUCUUAGCAAAUACUGUUCUGAUGAGCAUGGCCGGGAAUUCAUGCGCCUGAAGACCCAGUACCUCAACAUGAGCCCGACCCCCGAGAACAAGAUGGAAGACCUUGGGAGCAGAGGCGGAAUCCUCACUGCCGGUGACCUCAAGGCCGUGAUAAUGGAUGUAUCUUCAGCGGCAGAAUUUCGAAAGCUUGGCGAACGGAUCGUCUCACUACCACCAGAUAAUCCUGAGACGGACACAAAAGAGAAGGACAAGAAAAAGCUUGGAUUGGAUGUUGCUCCUGACGACCUUACAUACUCACCCGAUGAGGCAUUGAAAAUUGAAGAAUUACGAAAACGGCGUGAUGAACUGCUUCACCGCAAGGAUAUGCUCAAUGCGCGUAACACAUUCGUGAAUCUUGUCCGUCAACGGUCCAAGAGUCUCCUAGAACGAUUGAAGCAAGCCGAACCUAAAGGCGGAUGGAAAGAUAUCUGCGGCUUUGACUCACGGUUAGCCUGGUCUGAUGAGGAGUUCGACGAGUGGAGGCUAUCGGAAGUUGGGGCGAAAACACUUGAGGAUGGCACUCCUGAGGCGCUGGCGUCUAGCUAUCCUGAUACAGCUGAUGCAGAUGGUGACACCGUCAUGAAUGGCGUCAAAACCGAAGAGGAUGACAUCAGCAGCUUGUCUCGGGGUAUUUGUACCAAGAAGCGCUGUGAGAGACACAAACAAUGGGUCAAGGUUCAACAACAAGAGAUCUUAUUUGAGGAGGAUACACUUGACCAGGAUCUUGCAAAGUGUGAGAAGGAAGCUCAAAACGUCGUGGAGAGAGCUGUUCUUAGGAUGUGGGCUGAGAAAGAGAAUGCCCAAAACGGAUGUCAAUGAAGCCAACGUAAGGCUGAGGCGAGAGAUUAUAGUGCUAUUUUGCAAUGCUGUUAAAAGGUCAUUUGCAUAAACGAUACCCUUGUUCGCGGAAGGAAGCAAAACGCAGGGAUUUCGACAUGGAGUUGGUGUGUAUAUUUGGUAGUUGGGGCCGCAGAUGGUAUUUUCGAUGAGGCUGGCGUAAGACUUGAUAAUAUAUACAAAUA